UAAAAAGUGUUGGCUGCAGGGCCGACCUCGGCCAGGUCAACUGUGUGAAUGCCCUUUUUGCCUGCGGCUUAAAAGAUCUUUCGUUCGUUGGACGAUUACCGAAAUGCAGUCUCACAAUUCCUAAUCAUCGACCUACAGUCAUUAGCUGCGGUAUGUUGCUUCCAAUAGGAAACGGCCACCGCAAGCGGUUAUUUGCAUACCAGCCUGCGGUCGUCGCGUCGACAUAACUCAUCUGCGUUUGCGGCCCAUUUAUCUUUUGAAAGCGCAAUCUCGGUUUAGUCGAUCACUAGAUUAGUAAGCAGCGACCACACUGAUGGCGAUAUGGCGAGGUAUAUCUACUCGAGCAUCGUGGGCUCCUGCCCCCCAAUUCAACGAACAUGUCGUCCCCAUACAGCGAAGAUCCGGGAGCAGCUACUGUUGUCCAGUCGCCUGCCUCAUCAUCUCAUACCUUCGAAGGGGAGUUGACCAACCCAUAUCAGCAAGCAAAACACGAUAAAACUGAGGAUGUUCCCAUUAGUUACGCCAAGAUCUUUGAUCAACCUGGAAGCAUUCCAUUACCAAAUGCGGGUUACCACUCCUUGGGCGUCGUUUGGGAAGAUGUUACAGUUCACGGUGCUGGUGGAGGGAAAAAGUAUGUGGAGUCACUUGAUAUCUCAGUCUUCAAGUUCUUCGACUUCUACUCCUUCAUGAAGAAGAUUUUUCAAAUCACUACUGGUCCCACAAGACCUCUCAUCCGCAACUUCUCUGGUGUCGUUGAGGAGGGAGAAGUUUUAUUAGUACUAGGCCGCCCCGGUGCUGGAUGUUCCACCUUGAUGCGCGCCCUCGCAAACGUCAAUGAGCCGUUCGUCAAGAUCGAGGGCGACAUAUCUUACUCUACCAUUCCUGCACACGAGGCUAAGAAGUUCUAUGACGGCGAGAUCAUUUUCAACUCCGAGGAAGAUGAACAUCAACCUCUACUUACUGUCGAGGAAACAAUCAAAGCUGCCCUAUAUUUGAAAGAACCUCGUAAAAAGGGGGACAAGGAAAAGCGCCCUGAGUAUGUCGAGAGCCUUUUCUCUCGUAUAUUAGAUACCUUCGGUAUGCCGCACACAAGGAAGACCAAAGUCGGCAACCAAUUUGUCCGCGGUGUUUCUGGUGGUGAAAGGAAGCGAGUUUCUUUGGCAGAAGUUCUCACUACUAAUGCUGCUGUUACUUGCUGGGAUAAUCCUAUCCGAGGUCUGGACUCUGCCGUCGCUCUGCACUUCUACAAGGUCUUGCGAGAACUCUCCAAAUCUUUGGGAAUGGUCAACAUUAUCUCCACAUAUCAGACUGCUCAGGACGCAUGGCAAUGUGUAGACCGCGUUGUUGUCAUCUACGAAGGCAGACAGAUUUUCUCUGGUCGAGCCAACCAAGCUCAAGCCUACUUUGAGUACAUGGGCUGGUACAAAAAACCUCGUCAGACUACUCCCGAUUUCUUGACUGCUGUAACAUCACCCAACGAACGACAAGUGAGGGAAGGCUUCGAAGGCAAGGUCCCCCAGACACCCGAUGAAUUUGAACGCUACUUCUUGGAUAGCCAAGAAUAUAAGGAGUUGCAGCAAGAUAUUCAAAAUUAUAAGCAGCGACAUGCCGAAGCGAACCACUCGGACGAGUUCCGUCACGCUGUCAAAUCUUCCAAGCACCCCGGUGCUGGAAAAGCCACCGCAUAUAGGGUCAAUUUUGCCCAACAAGUCGCCAUCUUGUGUAAACGUCAGUUGCAACUCACUCGAAGUGAUAUGACUAGUUUUGUCUACCGUAUUGGCUCAAAUGUUUUGCAAGCCGUGUUGGUCGGUGCUGUUUGCUACAAGCCCCCAAACAAUUCUGCUGGUUCUUUCGCUAUUGCUGGUGCUCUUUUCUUUUGUAUCUUAUACUACACUAUCUUCGCCCUUGGUGAAGUCCCUGCCACUGUCAACUCCCGUCCGCUCUUGAAGAAACACAGGGCCCUCGGUUUUUACCACCCGGCUGCACACACUUUGGCCCAGAUUGUCUGUGAUAUUCCAGUCUACGUCUUCCAAACUCUCCUUUUCUCGGCAAUCUUCUACUUCAUGGUCGGCCUCAGUGUCGGAGCAAAGUACUUCUUCACUUUCUGGUUUGUCAUCUUCACCAUGUAUGAGACCAUAUCGGUUAUGUACCGAAUGAUUGGUUCAUGGACUCCCAACCUGUCCGUCGCCAUUCGGUACGGUUGUCUUGCUCUCUCCGUUGUCUUGUCGGCUUCGGGAUUUGUUCUUCCUCCUCCCAGACAACUGAGAUGGAUUUCGUGGUUACGAAGAGCCACUCCUUGUGCUUGGGCGUUCGAAGCGCUUAUUGCAAACGAGUUCCGAGCACGAGUUUUGUCAUGCGACGUAUCCGACCUUAUCCCAUACGGCGAAGGCUACGAUGACAUCGCUUACCAAGUAUGUUCCAUUCAAGGUGCCCAGCCUGGGGCUACCACCGUUCCUGGCAUGGACUACAUUGCAUUUGUCUACGGCUAUCAGACCAGUCACAUAUGGAGGAAUGUUGGUAUCUUGUGGGCUUUCUUUGUUGGCUACGUUAUCAUGAUUGUCAUCGGUUCAUCUCUCCUUAUCCGAGAAAGCCCCGACUCAUCUCAAAAAGUCUAUAAGCGAGGCGGAAAGGCUGCCAUUAUGGACCCUAAAGAGAAGGCCGAAGAAGGAAAGACCGCUAUGGAGAAGGUCCAGGGACCCAAGGGCUCGGGAGGCGAAGUCCCAGUGUACACCUUCGAGGAUGUUUACUACACUGUGCAAGUUGCAGGCAAGGAUAAACCACUUCUUAACGGUAUCAGCGGGUACGUCAAAGGCGGCUCUUUAACUGCACUUAUGGGUGCAUCAGGUGCAGGCAAAACCACACUCUUGGAUACUAUCUCCCUCCGUAAGACGACAGGUAAAAUGGAAGGCAAGAUGACUAUCGAUGGCAAGCCUCUGGACACAUCCUUCUCCCGUCAAACCGGUUUCGCCAUGCAAGCCGAUAUCCACGAACCUAUGUCCACCGUCCGUGAAUGCCUUCAAUUCUCCGCCUUGCUUCGACAAAGCAACGACCGUACCCGAGAGGAACGAUUGGAAUUUGCCGAAAAUAUUAUCAAAUUACUGGAGUUGGAAGACAUUGCCGAUGCUUUGAUUGGUGCACCUGGUGAAGAUGGUCUGGGUGUGGAGGAGCGCAAGCGUGUUACCAUCGGUGUUGAGCUUGCUGCCGACCCUGAAUUCCUUCUGUUCUUGGAUGAACCCACCUCCGGCCUUGACUCUCAAGCUUCUUAUGAAAUAGUGCGAUUCCUCAAGCGCAUUGCCGCGUCCGGUCUCGCUGUUCUUUGUACCAUUCAUCAGCCUUCCGGUGACCUUUUUGAGAUGUUUGACUCUGUAGUUCUUCUUGCGCCCGGUGGUCAUACUGUCUACGUUGGAGAGACUGGCGAGAAUGCCGAGACUGUUGUCAAGUACUUCGGAGACCGUGGCGCCUACUGCCCUCCUGAGGCCAACCCUGCAGAGUUCAUCUUGGGAACCGUCGCUCCUGUUGGUGGUACUACCAUUGAUUGGCCUGGUCUGUGGAAAGAAAGCACCGAGGCUGCUGAGGUCCAGCGCAAGAUAAACGAGUUCACGUCUCGCAACAACUUAGCUGUCGACCCCGAGAAGGCUAUUACAGAGACCCAACAGAAGAGUGGCAGCGAUGCUUAUGCUUCGUCUUUUAUGACUCAGUCUAAGGAACUUAUUAUUAGAAACUUCAGAGCUCAAUGGCGAGAUGGCUCUUUCUGGACCACUCAGCUUGCCAUUCUCAUCUUCUUCGGUCUCUUUGUCGGUUUCUACUGGUUCAAGAUUGAUCACUCUCCCAACAACAUGUCUGCCGCCUCUCUGGGUAUCCUCGUCGCCAUCCAGGGAUUGCCUGGUAUCGCCAUGGAUAUCGGUAUCAACUAUCUGGCAAAGUUGGACAUGUUCCUUGCACGAGAGAGAUUGGGCAUUUACUCUUGGCAAGCUCUUGUGACCUCCCUUCUCAUCGUAUCUAUACCUGUACUCUUUGUCGGCUGGAAUAUACUCUUCUUCUGCUUCUACUGGACAAUCGACUUGAUCGGUACUCGAGCAGAUGGUGUUCUAAUAUGGCUGUGUUUCCUCAGUUGCGCCAUUUUGAACGGUUCUUUCGGAGUCUUGCUAGGUGCUGUUUCACCCAACCGACUGUCGUUGCCUUACAUUCUGUCUUUGGUUUGGAAUUUGCUCAACUGUCUGUCUUGGGCCUUGGUCUUCUACUCUGGUCUUCCUUCCCCAUUCCAUUACUUUUUCAGUUGGCUGUCGCCUCUUCGAUACCUUUACGGCGCGAUGAUGACCGCCUCCUUGGGCGAUCUCACGCUCAAUUGUAUCGAGGAAGACCUCGUCACCUUCUACCCACCCCCUGGUCAGACCUGUUACGACUAUGCUGCCAACUACCUCGCAACUACCUCUGGUUACCUCGUCGAUGGCAACUCUACCACCAGCUGCCAAUAUUGCACUAGUAGUACAGGGUACGAUUACAUCCAGGAGAUGGGUUACUCGCUCGGUACCAAGUGGAGAGAUUGGGCCAUCACCAUUAUCUGGUGCUUGUCGAACAUUUUCUUCUGCUACCUAUUCACUUGGUUGGUCAAAAUCAGGCCAUUGUACAAGAAGAGCUAAGCGUUUUGCGUCCGAUUACAAGUAUGUUAAUGAGCAUUUUUUUCCCUUUUGAUUUUUUGUACACAGUCCAGUUUUUUAGAUUAUAGGUCGUCAGCAGAUCAUACUUGCAAAACAUCCAAGACACAUGGAUUAAUGCCAAAUGCCAUCUUUUUGUCUUGG